AUGGCAAUCCUUUUAUUAUUUUUGCUCGAAUUUUCCCACAAAUGUAUAGGAAAAAUCAACUAUGAAGUUUUCCCAAAUGGCGCAGGUGUAUCAAACGUCGACCUUUAUCUAUCUUUUGCAUUUCCAAACUCUAUCCCUCCUAACAGUAUUAUUUCUAUAAAACCUGGCUUUUCCUCGUGAAAUCAUAAUGUGGGACAUAUAAAUGACUACUGUUGGUCAAACAUAAAUUAUUUAUCCUGCAUCAAAACAAAUGAUGGGAAUAUAGCAAUAACUACUUCAGCUAAAAUUAUAUCAGGGACAAAAAUAGAAAUUUAUUUAGAUGAUUGCUUAAACUUACCCUGAUCUCCAGGCGAUUAUCCAGGAUUUUCAAUAAUAUCAUCAUGAAAUGGCGUCAUAAUUACGUAUGAUGAUAGUAGCACUAAUAUUUUUACAGUCCUUCCAAACUCCUUACUCCUUCUGGGUCAAAAAGCAUAGCCCUUAGGCAAAAUCCCCACGGAUAAGGAAAAAUUUAUAAUAUAAGCAUUUAUAACACAAAUUUUUCAAAAUAAUAUAAAUUCUUACCUCACUUGUAAGAGAAAUUAGGAGUUUUUAGAAGCCUUACCAUAGGAACCAAAUUUCAUAAUACAGGUGAAUCUUCAGAUUUUGUAUAUGCGCUCGCUUCUAAUAUAAAAGUUUAUCCUGGCUACCAAUUGUGAAUAAAAUUUGACAGGGCUUUCAAUCCAUGAAUAGCUGAAGCCAAAGAAUUGGACAUUAUUCCUAAAAAUUCCCAAAAUUCUCACUAUAUAGGCUGUUCCUCAAAAAAUUUAGGAAAUAUUACAUGCACUGCAAAUCAUUGGUGACUAAUGGCCAAAAACAUAGAAAAUUUUAUUGACAGUGGGGCAUGGCUUAAUAUCACCAUAAAAAAUGUAAUUGUUCCUUAUCUCCCUGGGACAUAUAAUUUUAGAUUCUGGACAUAUAUUUUAGAUAAUAAUACCUAUUUGCAAGCACACAGUAAUAUAGGCGUCAAUGCAAAAUUGGUUUAUUCACAGAAUAUUAUUGAAUUGAAAUCAAUAAUUGUUUCUGAUAACCAUUUAUUGUCAAUUUCUGACUAUGAGUUUCAAUUUUUUGUAGGUGAAAUUUAAAUAAUAAUUUAGAAAAUUAGAGAAUUUUGAAUAAAUUUUUUUUUUAAAAUAAUUAGACAUGAAAUUUCAGUGCCAGAGAAAAGAGAAAUUUUAUUUAGUUUCCCUUGGCAAUUUAAUUUAGCAAAAAACAACGCGACCUUGACAUGUUUUUCUUCAUAUUUUGAUGAACUAGAAGACCCUUUAUAUGAAAUUCCUUGAAUUACAUUAGCUGAAUCUUCAUGCCUAUAUUAUAAUAAUUAUAUCAGAUUUAUGAUACCAGAAGGGCUUGGAAAAACAUUUUCUAGAUGACACAGAAUCAAAGUUGUAAUAAAAGGAGUUAUAAACCCUCAAUGAGGAUUCAAAACUUCUCCAGGAUAUUGAGAUUCUGAUAAGACAAGCUAUUAUUCAGAUAAGUUCGAGAUAGGCAUCUUAAACUCUUCAGGGAUAGGAUUUUUAGCCAAAACCUAUGGGCUGGUUCAUAAUGGUUAUGUGAGUUUUAUAAAAUCAAAUCAAACUUUCGAGUUCAUUGGCAAAUUUAAGUAUUGUCCAUAG